AUGGUCAGAGCGCUCCUCAUCGCCGCCCUAGCCUAUGCGGCCCUCGCAAUCCCCGUCCCCGUCCCGGCCGACGGCCCCGCUUUGGCCGACGACGCAUCCAUCCCCACAGCGGAAGGGCUCGAGGCCCCGGCCCUCGCGGUCCCCGCCCAGGACGACGACGCUGCGAUUCCUGACGCUGCGGAGUGGACGUCGGUGGAUAAUGGUGACGAGAGUGGUGUCGGGGACGUCUCCGAACCUAAACUCCCUGUUCAGAGGCGGGUUGUCGAUACCAGUGCCUUCGACACCAGCGCUCUCGAUACUAGCGCCCUCGAUACCGGCGCCCUCAACACUGACUCCCUGAACACCGACUCUCUCGAUACCAGCUCUCUGAACACCGACUCCCUCACCGCCACCCUGCCUACCUCCACCUCCACCAAGCGCAGGAGUGCCGUGAUGUCGUGA